CUCGGCGCUGCAGGAGCGUAAUAACCCGUCAGUAAGAGGUUUAGCUCCCCGCUGCUCGCCGCUCUUCCCACCGAACCGGAGCUUUUAAUUUCCGAGGAGAACCCGGAGCGCCGCUUCCUGUGCAGAUCUGCAGUGUUUGGACGUCACAUUCCUGAAGUUUGUGCUGAGUGGAGGGUCGGCAGACGGAGAGGCAGCCAGAGAUCAUCUCGCCUCAUCCCUUCAUCCUCUCUGGCUGAUCUGAGGGAUCAGACCCCGGGGCCUGCUGGGAAAUGGGAGGGAAGCGGAGCGCUCUGGUUUGAGGUCGCGGCCUUCCCGAGUCGCUGCGCUGCCCUCGCCUCGCUGCUGGAGUUUCUGGACGCCGUGUUUGGUCUCUGCUGCGGGGAACCCGGCCGCCGCUCGCCGCCGCCGCUCCGCCCCUCGGCUCCCAGCAUGCCGGCCAAGACGCCCAUUUACCUGAAGACCGCCACGCCCAAGAGGGGGAAGAAGCCGAAGCUGAGGGACGUCCUGUCGGGGGACAUGAUCAGCCCGCCGCUGGGCGACGUGCGCCACAGCGCGCACGUGGGCCCCGAGGGCGAGGGAGACAUGUUCGGAGACGUGGGCUUCCUGCGGGGGAAGAUGGACAUGCUGCCGUCGCUCAGCCGCGCGCCCAACGGGCACGGACGCUCGCACAGCGUGGAGCGCCGCGGCGACGGCGGCCCGGCGCCCGACCAGGACCCCCACAGCUACGCCUACAACGGCUACCACUACCAGCACGCGUCGUCCGGCCUGCUGAAGGCCACCAUCUCCAUGCCCGUGUUCGUCGCCCACGAGCAGGCGCCGCCCAAACCGCCGCGGCUGCACCUGGACGAGGCGGCGCCCGCCCGGCUGCCCGCCCGGCCCGACCGCCCCGCCCCCCAGCAGCACCCCACGCUGUCGCUGUGCCAGAACGGCGUGGUGGGCCGCGUGGCGUCCGAGCCGUGCCGGGACAUCUCGCUGUCGCCCACCAUCCGGAAGCUGGUCCCGUCCUGCGGCUCCUUCUCCGAGGUGUCCUCCGAGGACUCGCUGUCCGAGGCCUGCGGGCCGCCCGACGUCCGCCGGGGCCUCAGCCUGGACUCCGACGCCGGCCUGAGCAACGAGGACCUGAGGAGCGAGCGCAGCGAGUCGCCCUGCGCCGCCUUCCACCCCGCCGGCCUCCUGGCCGCCCCGUCCAGCGUCGCCCGGUCCGACUCCAUGGCCGGGCUCAACCUGGACCUGGGCCCGUCCAUCCUGGAGGACGUCCUGAGCAUCAUGGACCGCUACAAGACCCCGGACGACCGCUGUGAGCUGUGAGCCGGGGCGGGGGCCGGGGAGCCGGGGGCGGACAUAAAGACUCACAUCUAUGUUACACGUGGCUUCAUGUAUCCUGGAAAUCUUUGUUUUUCACAACUUUAAUGGAGAUUUUUAAAUCCUGAUCUUCAGACCGGCUGAACCUCUUCUCCGUGAUGAACCUCCAGACGCCUCAACAGGAGGUUUCUCUUUGGAUGGAGCUGUAGAAAACAGCCAGAUCUCAGAGUCCGACGAGGCGUGAAGUGGUGUGCACCUCUUCAGGGCUCCACCAGGAGUUUCAUGGUCUGACUCCGCGUUGGGCUGGGAUCUGGAUCUGGAUCUGGAUCUGGAUCUGGAUCUGGAUCUGGAUCUGGAUCUGGAUCUGGAUCCAUCCUGGACUCUAACAAGACUGGACUGUAGACGAACAGAUGUGACACUCAGCCUCCAAAGCUCCGUUUCUCACUUCGUUAAUGAAGGUUUUUUAAAACACUGAUUAUUGAAAACGAGUUGUUUCCUGCUUCAGAUCCCGGCAGCGUCUCUCUGCUCUGUGCCGGGAGGACGGGGAUCUUUCUGGGAUCUUUCUGGGAUCUUUCUGGGAUCUGUCUGGUAUCUGUCUGGGAUCUGUCUGGCAGCAGUCAGGUCAGGGUUGGUGAAUCUACAGCUGCUCUCCUCUGGACCCAGCUCCGAGCCCGGAAGACGUCCUCAACGUCUCGAUGGCCGUGGACUAACGUGAUGCUCAGAUAUUUUUAUACAUGGUUUAAUAUAUAUGGUGAAAAGCUUUCGAAACGAGACGUUGGAUAAGAAACGGUGGAACUGGAAGAAGGGAGACGUGGACGACACAGGCCGGUCCUGUGGAGCCUUGAUCAGAGCUGAGCCUCACAUUCAGGGUGAACUGAGCUGAAACCCUCUCAAGCCGCUGUCUCUCUGGCGAAGGCUACACCUGCUAUCAGACUCGCUCUGCUCACUCCUCUGCUGCUUUAAUGAUUAACGAAUCGCAGACUGAGUCUGGAACCACCUGG